CUUGCAAUUAGGGAAGGAAAUAGAGAGAAUACCAUUGACUUCAUACCUUCAAGUCUAGACUGCCAAGAUAACAGGUUUUACAUUGCCAUCUCUUUUAAUUCCUUCUAGUAUCAUUUUUCCAUUUCAUGUUAUUAGCCAAACUCAAAUCACAUCGACAAUUGGAUGGCAAUUCAAGGAGAAACAAGCAAUGAUACCUCAAUUGUUAUAGAAGAUCUUCAAGCCAGUCUGUUGGUAACCUCUAUGAAGAGCAGGUUGGAAAGUUUGGCUCCUGUAUCCUCAGAGAGAUGUAUUUAUAGAGUUCCCAAGAGACUCCGAGAUGUAAAUGAGAAUGCAUACACACCUCGACUAGUUUCGAUUGGUCCUUUUCACCAUGGCAGGGCUGGCUUAGGUGCCAUGGAAGAGCACAAAUGGAGGCAUUUACAGAAUUUUCUGCGGCAGACAAAGGUAAAGUUGGAUGAUCUGGUAAAUUUUAUAAAAGAAAGGGAGGAAAGAGCAAGAAACUGUUAUGCUGAGACUAUUGAACUUACCAGUAAUGAAUUUGUGCAAAUCAUCACUGUUGAUGCGGCCUUCACUAUUGAUAUUUUGUUGGGUAGAGUUUUUCCUCACUUAACAUCUGCAAUAGAAUGUGUCUAUGAUAGAACAGGUCUCGUGUUCGAUAUAUAUCGCGACAUGCUGUUGAUUGAAAAUCAGCUUCCAUACUUCAUUCUUAGUGAUGUCUUGGACUUUGCCAAGAGCAGAGCAGCUUCUGGUUCACCUGAGUGGCCUUCCAUUCUUCAGUUAACUGGUGCUUAUUUCAAAUCCUUUGGGCAACUAGAUCAUCACUUCAAUACCAUGAAUAGCAAUGAAGUAAGGCAUUUCGUUGAUUUCCUAAUACUUUGUCACCAGCCAUUCAAACAAACGCAACCACCAAAGCAGAGGAGACUAAAGUUCAAAGGGGCAAAAAGCUUAACUGAGCUUCAUGAAGCUGGAGUUAAAUUUAAGGUAGCAUCAAACAAACACUUACUGGACAUACAAUUUACUGAUGGUGUCCUGGAAAUACCAUAUGUAAGGGUGAGUGAGAUGACAGAAGCAUUUUUCAGGAAUCUUAUAGCAUUCGAGCAAUGCCAUUGCAAGAUUUCAUAUGUAAGUGACUAUAUUGUCCUCAUGGACAUCCUUAUAAACACUCCUCAUGAUGUAGAAUUACUUGUCAAAUGUGGGAUUAUGAAAAACAUGCUGGCUAACAACCUGGAAGCAUCAAUGCUUUUCAACAACCUUGCCAAGGAAAUUUUGUUUGAUUCUAAUGUGUUCUAUUAUUCACUUCUCUGCGAAGAUUUGAAUGACUACUGCAAGGUACGUUGGCAUAAGUGGCAGGCAACAUUGAAACACAAUUACUUCAACAAUCCAUGGGCAGUCAUUUCUGUCAUUGCAGCAGUUAUUCUUCUUCUGCUCACUUUCAUACGGCUGUUUGUUCUGUGAUACAGACUUGGUAGUGUAUUAUUUCAGUUGCUUUCAUAUUGGAUUUUCAAAUUGUGUAACUGUCAUUUUUUUUAUAUCAAUGUUUCCCACCAAAGUUAUCCUA